AUGCGUAUUGUAUUUUUUUCCACCACUCAUGGUACAAAUGUUAAUGCUAUUUACGAAAAAAUACAAGAACUUGGGCAUGAGUUGGCACUGUAUGUAACUACUCGUGGACUGCCAUCCAUGGUUACUAGCAAUCAUCUUAAAGCUUUCGAAGAACGCAUUAAAGACUUGCAUCCAAAUAUACCGACAUUGAUAAUUAAUACGAUUAAAGGAAAUUUGCCGGCAAUAAUUACAGCUCUUCAACCUGAUAUCGGUCUCGUUAAACGGUUUGCUUUCCGAUUAAAUAAGACGAUAUUAAGUAUACCGAAGUACGGUUUUGUUAAUCUACACCCAUCACUACUUCCGAAAUAUCGUGGUCCGAAUCCUAUUGGUUGGCAAAUAUUGAAUAAUGAAAAAUUCUUCGGAUUCACAUUCCAUUAUAUGAAUACUGAAUAUGAUACAGGCAGAGUUAUCUUACAAGGUACAAGGCCACUAAGGCCAUCUGAUGAUUUUUCAUCAGUUUAUGUUCAACUUCCGCAGAUAUUAAGAGAAAAUAUGGCAACAGUUUUUGAGUUGAUGCAAAAGGGAUAUCCAGGUGAAAUACAGAAUGAUGAUGAACAUUCGUAUGCCCCAUUCUUUACAUUAGAAGAACGUAUUAUAGAUUGGACGAAAACAGCUAUAGAAAUCAAUUGUCUUAUUCGAGCAACAUCAGUAUGGAAUGAACGAAACCGUCAUCUCACAAUGGACCAUCUUGUUCGUCCAGCAUUAUUCAAAUAUGAUGGGAAAAUGAUAAGACCAUUGAAAAGUAUAAUAGUAAAUCCGAACAAAUAUGAUAAUUCAAGUGAAUUGGAAAGUCGACAACUAUUCAUACGAGACGACACUGGUGAUGUAAAGGUUGGAGAAAUAACCAAACAACAAACUGGCGAAUUGUUAGUUCGUACCGGCGAUGGACAGCUGCUGAUUACUGACUAUGAGUCAACUGAAUAG